GAACAGGUGUUUCGGUUAAAUUAGGUUCUGCCUAGAACGAAACAACUAAAAGGAUAUAUAGUUCCAGCUUUCACCAUAAUUCCUACGUUGAAUCAUGGUUUCAAUUCUUUCUCUUCUAUCUUUCCUGCUGGUUGUGAUUCCCCAAACCUUAGGGGACGAUGAAGCUUGUGGUCCUAAUCAGCCUAAGAUUUUGCAGGGCUCUACAGGUAUCAUUCAAAGUCCAGGGUUUUCUGAUCGUAAAAACUAUCCCGAAACCAUACAAUGCACAUAUGAAAUACAAGCGCCUCCUGGCCAGAGAGUGCGAUUAAACUUCCAUUUCCUUGAUAUCGAGACUAGCUCCAGUUGUAGGUACGAUUACCUUGCUGUUUACAACAAGAUUAAUGAGACUCAAUAUCGAGAAGCAGUCUUUUGUGGUAAUGUCCUCCCGAGAGAUAUUAUGUCGCUGAAGGAAAUCUUUGUCAUUCGCUUUGUCAGCGACCCUCUAAUAACAGCGAGUGGUUUCAAUCUUACUUGGCUUACAACCGACAUGUCUCUAUGUUAUCCAGAAGAAUUUCAGUGUAAGAACCGGAAAUGCGUGUUAGACGAAGUUCUUUGUGACGGAACAGACGAUUGCGGUGACGGAACAGACGAAGAAGGAUGUGAUUUGCCACUUACUCCUGCACCUCCUUGUGGCCAACCCGUUUUUCCUCCGAUAGAGGGAGCUGACAGAAUUAUCGGUGGUCAGGAAGUUCGACAAGGCAGCUGGCCUUGGCAAGCAGAGCUACAACGUGGAUUUUAUUCUCCCAAUGGACAUGUUUGUGGGGCAACAAUAUUAAACGCUAACUGGGUUUUAACCGCUGCACAUUGUUUCCUAGAUGGUCUUGAGAAACAUCGACUCCGUCUGCACCUGGGUAAACAUAAUGCGUACCUCACAGAUCCAACUGAACAAGUCAGGUACAUUGAUACAUAUAUUAUCUACCCCAGGGAAGUGAAUAAGAAGAUUACUGCCAUGUCAGAUUUUGAUAUAAUGCAUGACUUUGCUCUUAUCAAAUUAAACGCACCUUUGAAAUUUACGGACUAUGUUCGCCCAGCUUGUCUUCCACAAAAAGAUUAUGAAUUAACUGUGGGGAGUUUCUGCUAUGUUACUGGAUGGGGCGUAACUCGAGGAACAGGAGGAAAUGAUGUUUUAAAACAAGCUGAAUCUGAAAUCCUUGAUGAAGCGGACUGCAGUACCGAAUUCGUUGAUUUCAACAGCACAACUAUGAUUUGCACUGGAACACAAGCUGGCGGUCAUGGAGUAUGUCAUGGAGACAGCGGAGGUCCAUUAUCGUGCAAGUUCGGCGAUCACUGGGAAGUGCUUGGAGUCGCGAGCUACGUUACCAGAAACAACAUGAUUUCUGGUCUCUGUGGUGUGAAGAAUGGGCCGUCGGGGUACGCUCGAAUAUCAACACACAUAGACUGGAUUAAUGAUAUCAUGGAAUCUUUUUCGUAAUGUUAAAGGCACUGUGAAAAAAUUAAAUUAACUUAAAAAAA